AUGGAUUUCGCGGCUCUCAAGACGAAGCUUGAUGAGACGACUAUUUGGUCCGUUCGAGGAAACUCCACGAGAGAUGCCGCGGGCGUCCUCAAAGCUUUCCUGUGGGAGGCGUUCAAGAGGCUCAAGGAGUUCUACGAGGCCAACAAAAUCGAUACCAGCAGUGGCAUCGCCGCAUCCCCCUGGGGGACCGCCGCCAUAGACUUUCAGUUCAGUGUGCCCAGCCUCGUGGACAAGGAAGGCCGGGAGAAACUUGUCAAAAUUGCCCGCGAGGCUCUCUGCCAAGCGGCUGGUCAUGGUGACAAAUCCCCUCGGAAGCACACUAUCCACGACAUCGCCCUCACCGAGGCCGAGGCUGUGGGAGCGUGCGCGAUAAACAUGCUCAGCCCGUUUGACAAAGAUUUGGCCAUGCUGGCGGCUGUGGACCAGAACAAGUCCGGGUCCAAGUCCAAAGACGGGGCCGAGACCCACGUUGGGAUCAAGGCCAACUUCAUGGUCCCGAUAAUGAGCAAGGAGGUCGGAGGCAGCCACCUCGACAAAGACUUCAUCGAGAGACUGGUCCGGUACCUUGAGCCACUUGCCCUUCCGUGGUGCGAGGGCAUUACGCCUCAACAUGCCGCUCAGGAAGUCUGUCAAAGUGCCGAAUACUUCAAAGUCAAGGCCGGUUACUCGUCGAAUACAGCAGGGGGUGAAUACUCCGGCACCCUGCUAACAGGCCUGGAGUCUGGUGCGUCCGUCAGCGUGGCCAGGCAGGAUGGUAUGAGCAUCGUCGAUAACACGCUUAGUGUGGACGGUGCCGUGUUCGAGCAACUGUUCGAGCAACAGCUGGCAGGCAGCGGGCCGGGAAAGUACGCGGCCAAGUCCAUCUUGGCCCAGGUCUUGAACAUGCGGGACGACCUGUGGGCCCAGAACCCAUCGCAGUCGGACUUGUGGAAGGCUUUGAUGGGCCGGCAGGGCGCCGCCGUCGGCGCCGUCGACACCAUCGACUUUGUCGUUUUUGCCGGGGGCAUGGGGGCCUCGAAGUAUGUCCAGCAGCGUGUUAAGCAAGGGCUAAGGCUGGAGAUUGACGAGACACGCAAGCUCGAGGUGGGGGCCAAGCGUCCGGACUUGGGCGAAGUGACUCGGCACACCGAGUUCGUUUCCUACCCGCAGCCACAGCUUUGCGUGGCAGCCGGCCUGGCGCUGGCGCGGAAGAUUGAGCUCAUGCCGGAGAGCGGCCGCCUUCUCGAGGGUAUCAUAUCUGUCACCCAAAAUGGUGGGCGGGAGGGCGGCGCUGAAACGCCCAGAAUCGAGGUUAGAACUGAGACAAGCGCAGCCACGACGUGGGUCAUGGCGGCGCAGGUGGUCAUCGUCGCGGCCGGGGCGCCCAACAAGCUGCCGACUCCGCACCGCAACGUCAUUGGCACCGGGGGCGUCCUCGACAAGGCGGGCGCGGAGCGCCCGACGCCGAGACUCGGGCGACAAACGCCAGCUCGCGCGACCAGGCCAUGGCCAGCUAUGGGAAGCAGCGGGCGCGGUGACCCUGCACGCUCGCGACGGGCCACAGCGCGCCGCAUGUUGACCUGCCGACACUGUACACUGUACCUAGAAAACCAACCACCGGGGACGGCCAUGGCGCGGAUCGAGGCGCGGGUAGCCAGCGGCUCCUACGAUGACGACUUCCCCGCGUCGGCGGCCGGCGGGCUACCAGGCGCAAUUCGCCGUCCUGGCGCGACUGUCAGGCAACCAGUCGGCGGCGUAUCGCUGGGCGUCACGGGCCUCGGUGUUUUUGGACGCCAGCGUCGGCCCCGUGCCGCCAGGCGCCCACAUAAACGCGACCGUGUACGCUGUAAAGGAGAAGACGGCCGACAUUAUCGCACGGCGGGCUCGGCGGCGGUGGGGGAUGCGCUUCGCGUUGCCCCGUCCGCAUUGAGCUGCAAGCUACGCUGCUGGAGCCCAUGCCCAAAGUUGUCUUGGUGGUGGGCCAAUCUUGGAGCAUCUGAGCCGGGCCCGCUGUUCUGGGCCCUCAUUGGCUCGCAGCCCCGCUCCUGGAGCAUUUCCUCCAGCGGGUGGCGUGGAGCACCAGCCCGAUCGAUCGUGCCUGCAGGGGGACACCUAGGAUCUGCUGCUACACUAGCAAAGACGACCAGCUCUCCUGCGUGCUCUCAAUUAAUUGUACGCCCUCUUCACCCGCCCGCCCGCUUGCGUUAUCGCCACGCACAAGACGCAACGCAGACUUUGCCCCGCCACAUACGCUUUCGCGCGCGCGCGGCAUUCCAGCCCCAUCUGAUCUGCGUGCGUGCCAAUCACCAGUGCCGCUGCAGCCAAGCAGCCCAAUCAGGAGCCCCGGGGCAGCCCAGCUCCCGGCACUCCAGCGCGGCGCCACCUGAGCCGCAUCUUGACCUCAACUCCGGCCCUGAUUCGCCCCAGCCGCCCUGCACCCGUCAUAUAACGGCAAUGAGCCCAGGCCCGCCUACCCUGUCCUCGGCUCGCCGUCUACCAGGUGGGCUGGCAGGCACCAAGCCCACGGGGGCCCAGGCGCCCAGGAGCUGCCCGUCCCUGUUGCCGAGCAGAGCUGCGCGAACAGCGCAACUCCCGAGAUGCAUCCCUUCACAGCGCUGUUUCUGUCUGUCUCUCGUUGGAAGCUUCUCCGACGCAUGCGGCGCACGUCCCCGUCCGCCCAUGUUUCUCGCUAGGCCGAGCACCGCCCGUCGACAGCCGCCCCAUGCGGACAAGCGUGCUCACGCUCCAUGCCAUGGCUGCCAUUCCACCACCACGGGUCAAGCUGCCCCAAUCGGCGACCGAGGUGACCUUCCGUUUUGGAAUGCUGCCCUCUCACCCUGUGCCCUCCCUCUCCCGCCGCACACGUCUGCGUUCUGGGCCCGCUCAGGGGUUGCGUGCGUUGGCCGCAUGGGCGCUUUGGGGCUCCCAAGGCGCGUGCUGCCUCCUUCCUGGGCAUCCUGUCAUGUGGUCUUCACGCUCUUCUUUGUUGCCAGCACCUCGUGUGGUCGUGUAUAAGUAUACUAUGGCCGCCGAUCCCUCCGCUCUCACCUAUUGCUUCUGCUCAACUUUUAACCCCGCGACUUCUUUCACCACUCUCGUUUCUCCUGUUUUGCUU